UCUGGCCUACGCAGGCCACGGGGCUUUUCCCUCCACAUCCCUAUUGUCCGGACUUCCAGUAGAAAACUCUCAUUUUCCUCAAAUUUUUUUUUGGGAUUUGCCACGUGUAUGCUCUUGUCCAUGGAUCGAGCAACCAAGUUGCAGGUCUAAGAGCUUCUCUUUUUCAGUCCACUUCGUUCCUUCUCUUUCAUAUCUCUCCCCAUGUGAAAGGCAAAAGAAAGCAAUGAUCUAUCUCUUACAUGUUUAUCCAAUCUCGGCAAAUCUCAUCAAUCGGAACGGCGACGAUCUCAACUGCUACUUGAUCUUCCACUGCUGUUGUACUGUUCGAUUAUUGUUUCUCAAUUUACAAGAAAACUUCUGUCUCUCGCUUGUUCUUCUUCGUCCAAUAAUUCUGAUCGAGAGUUUUAAAAUUCGACCGUUGUUUAUAGAGAUCCGUCUUGUUUGGAAUUGGUGUGAUCUCCGAGGUGUUUUGGUGAGACAUCGUUUUGGAUCCGAUCAGGGAAGUGGCAGCGCCGGACGAUGGCGCUGUUCAGAAGGUUGUUCUAUCGAAAGCCGCCAGAUCGGCUUCUGGAGAUCUCCGAGAGGGUUUACGUGUUUGACUGUUGCUUCUCCACGGAUGUUUUGGGAGAGGAUGAGUACAGGGUUUACUUGGGUGGAAUCGUGGCACAGCUACAGGACCAUUAUUCUGAUGCCUCUUUCAUGGUGUUCAACUUUAGAGAGGGAGAAAGGAGAAGCCAAAUAUCAGAUAUAUUGACACAGUAUGACAUGACUGUCAUGGACUACCCUAGGCAAUAUGAGGGGUGUCCUUUGUUACCAUUGGAGAUGAUCUAUCACUUCUUGCGGUCAAGUGAGAGCUGGUUGUCACUGGAAGGGCAACAGAAUGUGCUGCUGAUGCACUGUGAGAGAGGAGGAUGGCCUGUGCUUGCUUUCAUGCUUGCAGGUCUUCUGCUAUAUAGGAAACAGUAUACUGGGGAGCAGAAGACUCUUGAUAUGAUUUACAAGCAAGCUCCUAGGGAGCUCCUUCAUCUCCUGUCUCCUCUAAACCCACAACCUUCACAAGUGAGAUAUCUCCAGUACAUCUCCAGAAGAAAUCUUGGUUCUGAUUGGCCACCAGUCGAUACACCUUUGAAUUUGGAUUGUCUUGUUCUCAGAGUACUUCCCAUGUUUGAUGGAGAAAGGGGUUGCAGGCCGCUAGUUCGUGUUUAUGGUCAGGACCCUUCAACUUUGAAUAAUAGAAGUUCGAAGAUUCUUUUUUCAACUGCAAAGACAAAGAAAAGUGUUCGUCACUAUCGGAAGGCAGAGUGUGCACUUGUGAAAAUGGAUAUCCAUUGCCGUGUUCAAGGUGAUGUGGUUAUUGAGUGCAUCCAUUUGGAUGAAGAUCUGGUGCGUGAGCAAAUGAUGUUCCGAGUUAUGUUUAACACAUCAUUUUCCCGCUCAAAUGUAUUGAUACUCAACCGUGACGAGGUUGAUUUUUUGUGGGACUCGAAGGACCAGUUUCCGAAAGACUUCAAAGCAGAGGUAAUAUUUUCAGACUCCGAAGCUGUUGGUUCUAACAUCUCUUCAGAAGUGGCAACUGAAGAUGGAGAUGAGACAGAAGGGGCUUCAACAGAGGAGUUUUAUGAGGCAGAGGAGAUCUUCAGCAAUGUUGAUGGGCAAAGUGGAAAAGGGGAUCCUGAUAUGCAAGAAAUCUCAGAAAGCAUGUUCUAUGAUGUGAAUUUCAAACCAGAGAGGAAGGAGGAUAUUGAUCUCAAAACAAGUAAAAGGAGUGCAAUGGAUGAAGCGAAUCAGAAACAAGAAAGAAAUCAGGACUCGGAUUUACAGACAAAUGAAAACAAGACCUUUGAUGAUGGAAACCAUAGAUUGGCAACAAAUGAGGAUGUAAACCGAAAACUAGAAACGAUAUCCCUGACCACUAAUGUGCAGCAUGAGAUAGAAAACAAAUCAGUGACUUUUAGCAUGAGUUCCAAACAGGGGAGGAAGGAGGGUAUUGAUCUCUUUGCAGUUAAUGAAAUGUCUGAAGGGAAUCAGAAACAGGAAAUGGAGGAGGAUUCUGAUUUACAUAUAACUCGAGAGAGAACUUUUGACGAUGAAAAUCACAAGUUGGAAACAAAUGCAGAUACACAUGGAAGACUUGAACCAAAAUUAUCGAUUACCGAUGUGCGCAAUGAAUCGGAAAGCAAAGCAGUGAUUUCUAGUACGCACAGAAAACUAGUUGAGGUGGGAAGUAAAGUGAAGGCACAGAAUAUUGAUACUCAGAAUAAGAAAGAUUUGAAGGUUCUGCAGCAAAAUCUGGACACAGAUAUUUAUAUUCCAAAACUUGAGAAAUUGCUCCCACCCACAUCUAAGAAGCAGCCAAUUUCCAAUGCAAAAAUAUCUUCUGACCCAGUUCUAGCUAAACAAAAGAUUAAAAAGCAAGAAUCUGAAGGAAUUUCUUCGAAACCAACAAAACCAAGGACUGUACCUCGAUGGAUCCCACCAAACAAAGGUCCUUUCAAUCAUUCUGUAAAUGUGCCAUCUCAUCCUCCAUCGAGAUAUAACAGUGCACCACCUGUUCUUGCCAUUACUUUUGAUUCAAAUGAUUAUGGUUCAAGCGAGUCUCCUAAGUCUUUUCCAUCUGUUUCUGCUGAUCCUGAAGAUGUGGUUCCAUCUGACCAUCUACCUAAACCAACUAAAGAAGAACACAAAAUUGAUCGAGUUGCACUUUCAAAAUCUGUGGAGGAUGCACCGGCUCCCAAUCCAUCGCCAUUACAUUCACCAUCACCACCUGUACCUCCUCCUUUACCUUCUUUUUUGGCAGGUACUUCUGUCCCAUCCCCACCAGUUCCUUUCUCUAGCACUUCACUGCCUUCUCUGACCCAAAGAUCACCUCCACCUCCAUCUCCAUCUCCACAUAUACAUGAAAGAACAACAUCCCCGUCACCUCCUCCUCCUCCUCCAUGUAAUAAAGUGCUGUCUAUUUCCCCUCCCCCUCCCCCUCCUCCUCCUCCUCCAUCAUCUAUGAGCAUGCAUGCGACUUCUCAAGGUCCUUUUCCCACGAAAAAUGCAGUUGGAUCAAUUAUGCCUCCUCCUCCCCCACCACCUCCUCCUCUACCCCCGUGCUAUGGUGUUAUUCUCUCCCCUCCACCUCCUCAUCCUCCUAGUAAAACUUUUGAUGGGUUGGUUACCCCUCCUCCACCUCCUCCACCCCCUUGGAAGGUUGAAGCUUCUUCAAAUAGCUCUCUUGUAGCACCAACACCUCGACCUCCACCCCCUCCACCCCCUCCACCCUCAUUUUCCAAUGCAAUAAAGUCCAUUGGAGUCCCAUGCCCCCCUCCCCCGCCUCCCAUUAAUGGACUCCAACCUCCUAUGUGUGGAGCUCCACCUCCACCUCCACCUCCUCCACCGCCCCCUCCUAUGUAUGGACCUCCACCUCCUCCGCCACCACCUCUUACGCAUGGAGCUCCACCUCCUCCGCCUCCACCGCCUCCUCCCUUACGUGGUGGUCCACCUGCACCAGUACCUCCCCCUCCACCACCACCACCACCACCACCACCUCCACCUCCUAUGUAUGGAGCUCCACCUCCUCCGUCACCACCUCCUAUGUAUGGAGCUCCACUUCCUCCACCACCACCUCCAAUGCAUGGAGCUCCACCUCCUCCACCACUACCUCCAAUGCAUGGAGCUCCACCUCCACCACCACCUCCUCCCUUACGUGGCGGUCCACCUGUGCCACCACCUCCUCCCUUACAAGGGGCUCCACCUCCACCACCCCCUCCUCCAUUACGUGGAACUCCGCCUCCCCCUCCUCCACCUCCUAGCGGAGCUCCACCGCCACCGCCGCCUCCAAUGCGUGGGACUCCACCUCCACCACCUCCUCCUAUGCGUGGUCCACCGCCUCCUCCACCUCCAAUGCAAGGAGCUCCGCCACCACCACCCCCUCCAGGUGGGGCUCCACCUCCACCGCCACCUCCUGGAGCUGCUCGUGCACCUGGUGCUCCUCCCCCGCCUAGACCUCCAGGUGGUGCACCUCCUCCACCCCCGCCCUUUGGAAGUAAAGGAGGAGCUCCACCUCCUCCAGCUGAUGCAAGAAGUUUAGGAAGGGGUCGUGGUCUAGUACGUCCUGGAGGUGCAAAUCUGUCUGCUGCUUCACCUCGAAGGUCAUCAUUGAAGCCACUACACUGGGUGAAGGUAACAAGAGCAGUGCAAGGAAGCUUGUGGGCAGAAUUACAGAGAUAUGGGGAACCUCCAACUGCACCUGAAUUUGACGUUUCAGAGCUUGAGAGUCUCUUCUCUGCCACUGUUCCGAAGCCGGUUGAUAGCUCAGGGGGUAAAUCUGGAGGGCGACGCAAGUCAGUCGGGUCAAAAACAGACAAAGUGCACCUGAUUGAUUUAAGGCGGGCCAAUAAUGUUGAAAUUAUGCUCACAACAGUUAAGAUGCCACUUCCUGAUAUGAUGAGUGCAGCGUUAGCAUUGGAUGAUUCAAUUUUAGAUGUUGAUCAGGUGGAGAAUCUUAUAAAGUUCUCUCCUACAAAAGAGGAGAUGGAACUUCUGAAGGGCUACAGUGGUGAUAAAGAAAAUCUGGGGAGGUGUGAACAGUUCUUUUUGGAGUUGAUGAAGGUGCCGCGGGUGGAAUCCAAAUUACGAGUGUUUUCUUUUAAGAUUCAAUUUGUCUCUCAGACUACGGAUUUUAGAAUGAGUCUGAAUAGCGUAAACACUGCAUGUGAUGAGGUACGAAAUUCAGUCAAAUUAAAGGAAAUUAUGAAGAGAAUCCUAUAUCUUGGGAAUACGUUAAACCAAGGAACUGCAAGGGGUUCUGCAAUUGGGUUCAAGUUGGACAGCCUUCUAAAACUCACUGAUACACGUGCUUCUAACAGCAAGAUGACUUUAAUGCAUUACCUUUGUAAGGUGCUAGCCUCCAAGACACCUGACCUUCUAGAUUUUCACCAGGACUUGGUUAGCCUGGAAUCUGCAUCAAAGAUACAAUUAAAGUCCUUAGCAGAAGAAAUGCAAGCCAUAAUCAAAGGGUUAGAAAAGGUCAAGCAAGAGCGGGUUGCAUCUGAAAAUGAUGGUCCUGUGUCAGAAGUUUUUCGCAAGACAUUGAAGGAAUUCAUUGGCGUUGCUGAAACUGAAGUGGCGUCCUUAACGUCAUUUUAUGCUGCAGUGGGUAGAAAUGCAGAUGCACUUGCCCUUUAUUUUGGUGAAGAUCCUGCCCGUUGCCCUUUUGAACAAGUAACUGCAACUCUCUUAAAUUUUGUGAGGAUGUUCCGGAAAGCACAUGAUGAGAACUGUAAGCAAGCUGAGCUGGAGAGGAAGAAAGCCCAGAAGGAGGCGGAAAUGGAGAAGGCAAAGGGUGUUAGCCUGACAAAGAAAACUGCAACAUAGCUCCAAGUGCUUUCUCCAUAGCUUCCCACACAGGAACCCAAGUUCCCCUAUGCAGCUGUCGGGGGAUGUGAAUAGAAACAUACGACAGCAAAAUUGAACUGCUUCAAACUCGGCCUAAUGCUCAUUUUCAGGAAUCUUGCAUUGGUAUUUUGGGAACCAGUGCAGAUGUCCUUGCAUUGUAAAGCACAAGUCUGGGAUGUAUCUAUGAACUGUGUACAUAGCUCUAACCCUACUAACAAUUGAUUCUUUUUUCAUGUAAUAUAAAAGGUAGUUUUGUUUUUCUUUUUGUUGAGAUUUUGACAGGAGCAACAUCAUGAAGAUUUUGUAUAGAAGUUGAGAAAUUAAAGGAAAAGUGAGGAGGCAGGCAUUCUUACUGUAAGUGUAAUAUAGCCACAUGUAGGUUGUGAGUUGAGAACGCUUUUUUUUGUUGUUUCACUCACCAUUUGUUAGAACAUUUCUCAUUUCACAAAAAGAAAUAUAUAUAUCAAGUCAAUCUAUCA